UUUUUUAAUACUGCAUUAAGUAUUGAUAAUUUCUCGGUGGUAACGAUUUUAAUUAAUAUUUAAUUUUCUAUACUAUUCGUAGAAGCGAUAGAAAAUGUUCGUGGCGCCAUCUGUGAAACAGUUGGCACACCAUUGACACGACAAUUCCGACGAUUUCUCGCAGAUGGAACCUCUAAUAUUAUCGAAUAACUUUAAUUGUAUAAUAAACAUUAAUUCAUAAGCGAUAAUCCAUAAUGGAUGAUUACACUUGUAAUAUAAUGUAUCAAAAGUAGUUUUCAAUUGUAAUAUUUCGUACCGGCCUACUGGAAAGAUUCUGAUACUCCGCAUUACAUGUUACCACGCUUUCACUUUUAAAUGGUUAGGUAUUCCCUGUCCUUUUCUAUUCACCUGCCAAUAACAAAGUGAUAGUGAUACACUAUUGCAAAGAAUUGGCAAUGGUUUCGAAUUAGUACCUUUAAAUCCACCCAAAUAUGGAAAGGCUACCGUGAAAAGUUUCACCAAAGAUUUCACUUCUGUAACGAUGCUCUACAUUAACGUAAUGGCUUGCAUAAUCAAUGUUCAUUGACCAAGUUUCGGUGAUAACUUCAAAUCACGAAAACAGAAGAGUAGGAUGUCGCAUACCGUUAACGAUCACUUGUAGUUUUCUCUUUUGGUUGUAUGGUCUCCACCUGUUGCUCAAAAACAUACGGACUUCAACGGUGAAACCUGAAAACGUGCGCAAGGGAAACUCUACAGUGAAGAUUCAUUCCCUUAUUUUUCAUUUCUUUCGGCUCACGAUAUCAUAUUUAAUUGUGCUCAUCAUGACGAUUAAUAGGAAUUUUAUAAAUGUGAUGAUUUUGAGUUGGGGUUUCAUGUUGGUAUUUACGGCGUUUCAAACGAUGGGAAAUAUUGAGAAAACUGUGCUGGAAAGUAUUAGGAAAGAAAAUCCGAAUUUUACUGGAGAGGCCUACACUAGCUUAGCAAUUAUUUAUGGAGUUUUCGCCACUUGCAACUGGUUAGCUCCGUCGUACAUCUCCAUGACAGGACCAAGGGUCGCCAUACUAACCGGUGCUUGCUGCUACACUCUUUUCAUAGCAUCUUUUCUAUGGCCACAGGAUGCUCUACUCUAUACUGCUUCCUGUGUUCUUGGUCUUGGAGCUGCCUUAAUAUGGACAGGACAUGGACAGUACUUAACAGAGAACAGUGAUUCCGAGACUAUGUCCAGAAAUGCAGGAAUAUUUUGGGCUAUCUUCCAAACGUCGAUGUUCAUUGGCAAUCUUUUUGUAUACUUCAUGUUCACUUCAUCAGAGAUCGAUAGUUCGACAAGGACAAUUGUUUUCAGUGUACUUACGGGUUUAGCAGUGACUGGUACUUGUGUCUUAGCUGCAUUGAGGAGGACAUCGGAGAGGCUGGUCUUGGGAGAAGCCGAAGGUGUUUCCAGUGCAGACAAGGAACUCCAAAUGCCAGAGCCUACAAGAGAGAGGUCAGUGUCAGCAGCGUGGAACGCUUUCCGUGAUGCAUGUAGUCUCUUUCUCACCGUGAAGAUGCUUCUCUUGUCUCUGACGUUCAUUUACACCGGUCUUGUGUUGACAUUUUAUUCCGGUGUCUAUUCGUCGAGUAUUGGAUUCACCAAACAGAUUGGUGACUCGCGCAAGAGAUUGGUUGGUCUUUCCGGUAUCUUCAUAGGAAUCGGAGAAGUCGUUGGAGGCGCUAUCUUUGGGAUCUUCGCGUCCAAGGUGUCCCGUAAGUGCGGAGGAUGGUCGGUCGUCCUCACCGGGUUCGGAGUGCACCUGUUCGCUUUCAUCACGAUUUUCUUAAAUCUGCCGAACGACUCACCGUUCGCGGACACCGAUAACACAGGAUUCAUCAAACCUUCGCCAAUUUUGGCCAUGGCCGGGAGCCUUGCGUUGGGUUUCGGCGACGCCUGUUUCAAUACUCAAAUAUACUCUUUACUAGGUGUACUAUUCGCAAGUCAGAGCGCGCCAGCGUUCGCGUUGUUCAAGUUUUGUCAGUCGGUCGCGGCUGCCAUUAGUUUUGCUUAUAGCAGUAGCGUGAAUCUUCAUGCACAGCUUCUCGUAUUGACAGUAACGAUUAUCAUUGGUACUGGUGCGUUUUGUAUCGUUGAACGUAUUACGAAAAAGAAAACCGAUAACACAGUGUCUGAAAGCAAUCCUACUCUUGUCGAAUAAUAGACAGACCACUAAUGGGAAUGACGAGUAACUCGUGGGAUAUGAAAAAUGCUCAAUAAUAUUACUUGUUUUAUUCCUUGUGGUAAAGGCAAUAGAUGGAAUACUAUAAAUUACAGAACUGUUAUUAUUGUUUGUAUAUAUAUAUAUAUAUAUAUAUAUAUAUAUAUAUAUAUAUAUAUAUAUAUAUAUAUUAUAUAUGAAAGCAUUUAUAUAUUUUUAAUACGUAAAAUUUGAAGUGUUGCAAAGUUUAUUGAAAAGUGUUCCGUCCGGUGGUAUAAAUAUGUACACAAAAUGAAAUUGUUGAUAUAUAUAUAUAUAUAGAAUUGUGAUGAUCCAUAUAUUUUUAAUUGUUGAUGUAAAGGAAUAACGAAUUAUUUCUAUUCUGUAAAGCCUUCAGAAUAUUGUGAUUAUAAAGACUUUACAAAAGCCGUUUCUAAAUGUUCUUUGAAUGAAAGAUUAUUUAUGCGAAUUAUGCAUUCCAAAUAAUUAUUUGAUUUGAUUUUCCUUAAACGACUGAUGUCGAUCAGCGCACAAGUCAGUAUUAGUUUCAUAGCUCUGGCUAAAAGGAUUAUAUCGUGUGGACGACACGAUUGAACCUGGACGAGUCUUAGAAAAUAUAUAUGUAUAUAUAUUCCUCAGGUUUGAUCUUGUCCUCUAACGUUUUUCUAUCGAAAAUGUUAAUGAAAAUUGUUAAUUACUUUUUCAUGUACGAACGAACAUGAGGAAAUCAGCUGUUGUAUAGAUAUUUAAUUGUAUAAAAAUGAAAAGUAAUGUGAAUAUUAUAUGACAAUAUC